GAGGGAGGGACAGCGAGGAGGACAAGAACGAAGGAAAGGAAGAGAAGAGAAGCCUAAUAACGUGUGGGCUUCGCUGGUGAAAGUCACAAAUUCAGCCAAAACUUUUAGAUUGCUUUCUCUCGAAGACAAACCCUAAAUCUUCAGAUUUCAGUUAUCGAUUUCUAUCUUCCUUUUCUUUUUUCCUCAAUCGUAAAAGGAAAGAAGUCUGAUCUGAUAAUAGUUUGAUUACAAAAAUGUCAUACGCAUAUCUAUUCAAGUACAUAAUCAUCGGCGAUACAGGAGUAGGGAAAUCGUGCCUGUUGCUUCAAUUCACUGACAAGAGAUUCCAGCCUGUCCAUGACCUCACCAUUGGUGUUGAAUUUGGAGCUCGUAUGAUCACCAUCGACAACAAGCCUAUCAAGCUUCAAAUUUGGGACACCGCGGGUCAAGAAUCAUUUAGAUCUAUCACCAGGUCUUAUUACAGAGGUGCUGCUGGUGCUUUGCUUGUCUAUGAUAUUACCAGGAGGGAAACUUUUAAUCACUUGGCUAGCUGGCUUGAGGAUGCAAGGCAGCAUGCCAACGCAAACAUGACCAUUAUGCUCAUUGGUAACAAGUGUGAUCUUGCUCAUAGAAGGGCCGUCAGCACUGAAGAAGGUGAACAGUUUGCAAAGGAACAUGGCUUGAUCUUCAUGGAGGCCUCUGCAAAAACUGCUCAGAAUGUCGAGGAGGCUUUUAUCAAAACAGCUGCAACAAUAUAUAAGAAGAUUCAGGAUGGAGUUUUUGAUGUAUCAAAUGAGUCUUAUGGGAUAAAAGUUGGGUAUGGAGGAAUUCCGGGGCCAUCAGGAGGCAGGGAUGGCGGUUCUGCUCAAGCUGGAGGCUGUUGCAGUUGAAAUUGAAUACCCAUUUUCUAUACUUGAGCGCAUCCAAUUUACAUAUUUAUUCUGUUCUUUAUGAUCGUCCCAUGUUUUUUAGUCUGAACGUUGUGACUUGUUUUCUGUAAGUGUCAAUUCAGGGUAUAACGUAUAUGUAUAAUCCUUCUUCAUGCCGUGUCCAUUGAUUGUAAAUCCAUGGGUUGAUCUUCUGCUUCUCGUUUCCUUCGA